AUGGGCGGCAAAAAGGCGGCCGGAGAGAACACGAAGAAAGUAGCGGGCAACGCCCGAAAAGCCGAAGCGGCCGCACAGAAACAGGCAGAGGCCGAGGCUCGACUAGCGGCGGCGGACGAGGAGAAAUGGUCCAAGGGAGCCAAAGAGGCGAAGAAGAAACAAGAGGCCGCAGACAAGGCGGCGGAGAAGGCAGCCAAGAAAGCGGAACGUGAGGCUCUGCUGGCCGAAGAGGAGAAGAACCAGCGCAGCACGCCCAAGGGCGCCAACAAGAAGACGGCCGAAAAGAAGACCCGCACGGGUACCCUGGAUCUCGGCCAGCUCGACGGCGAACCCAGCGCCAAAGACAAAGCCAUCAGUGCCUCAGGCAUUGACAACGCUCUUGACGCCCUGAGCCUCACGACCGGCCCGGCCAACGAUCUUAAACUUGAUCGUCAUCCCGAGAGGCGGUAUAAGGCCGCCUACAAGGCCUACGAGGAGCGCCGGCUGCCGCAGAUCGAGGUCGAGCAUCCGGGCCUGAGGAAACAGCAGCGCAUCGAAAUCGUGCGCAAGGAGUUCGAGAAGAGCGAGGAGAAUCCCUUUAACCAGGCCGGGAAUAUCCGGUUCGAUGCCACGAAAGACGAGCUGGCCGAAACGAGGAAAAAGGUUAAAGAGGGCGUGGAGAAGAGGCUGGUUGAGAAAUAA